AUGAGGAAGCUGGAGAACAACCACAGAGCACAUGACACACUAAACUCAGAGGAAAUCUAUGAGCUGACUGUGUCUGGGUCCCAGUGGCCAUCCAGUGCUUUCAUUGAAAACUUUGCAAAAGAACUAAGAGAAUGGGGAGGACAGAUGAAAGAUAUUGCUGACAAUCCAGCACUCAUUAGAGAUAACUUUGUGAAGGUUGUGGUGUAUUUCAAACAGCUAAAUUUUGAAAUGAUAGAAGAGGAGCCCUCAAUGACGGAAAUCAACCUCAUUUCUAACAUGGGAGGUUUGGUUGGCCUCUGGGUAGGAUUCUCAGUGUGUACCCUGGCGGAGUUCUUUGAACUGUUCCUAGAUGUAAUUGUUCUAUUUAUUCGGAGGUGUAUGAGGACAACGAACAAGGAAAGCUACUCCAACCCCUAUAUGCAAAAACAGAGUCCCAUCUAUCUACAUAAAACCACCAGAUUCUGAGCAAAAGAAGGGAAGGAGGACCACGGUGUUGGAGACAUAAUAAGAACCA